UAAUUCAUCCUCUCCUCACUUUAGCACUUGAGAAGAAAGGCUUACACGGCUGAAGUCUACUUAUUAUUUCUUUUAAUUAAACAAAAUAUUUACAUCAUGUGUACGGGAAAGUGCUCCAAGGGUAUUGGCAUCUGUCUCUAUCCGCUGGCACUGGUGUCCAUCUUCUGCAACAUUUUGCUGUUCUUCCCUGAUUUUGAAACCAGUUAUUCCAAGAUGGAAGCAGAGGGACUCUACCGUCUUACAGAUGAGAUCAAAUACAUGGGAGGUGUUGUUGGAGGAGGCGUCUUGGUGUUGAUCCCUGCGAUCCAUAUCCACAGCACUGGGAGACAAGGCUGUUGUGCAAAUCGCUGUGGGAUGUUCCUGUCCAUUAUCUUCGCUGCAGUUGGUGUGGCUGGUGCUCUGUACAGUGGCACUAUAGCCGGGGUUGGACUGAUUCGUGGACCAGUUUGCAGGUUUAAUGAUACCACAUGGAGCAGACCAUUCCUAAAUAGCACUGAAAGCUACUUGGGGAACUCUGACAUGUGGGACAUUUGCGAAGAGCCAAAAGAUAUUGUGCUGUUUAACAUUGGCCUGUUUUCUGCACUGCUGGUGGCUGCUUGUUUAGAGCUGCUGCUCUGUGGAUUCCAGGUGAUCAACGGUCUCUUUGGCUGCAUCUGUGGAACAUGCAAUCACAAAGAGGUUGCAUAAGUUCAAAAUGACAACAGCCAGAUAACGUAGGAGCAAGAUUUAUCACCAGACACGUAUCAGUCUUCAUCUGUGACCUUUAGCAAAUGUAGGAGUGUAUAGUAAUAAACAAAAAAGGAUCUACAAUAUGUACUUCACUGUCUAACAUUAUAUGUUGUAUAUAAAAACAUUAUUUACAGAUUGAAUAAAAGAUUGAGAACUUGUGGCAGAACAACCUUUCUGAUAAUUUCCAAAUCAAAUAUAAUUGGACCAUUUUUUUGUAUAAAUGUAAAUAUGUGAAAGUUUUUUUUUCCUUUCUUAUUUUAUUCAGAUCUUUUAAUAAUAGUCAAUGUUAUGUUAAUAUUUAUGUAUUUAUGUUAACAUGGUAAAAUAUAAUAAAAGAAUGUUAUGUAAAUAAUGUAAAAAAGGAAUUACAUCAGUACAUGUAUAUCAAGAGUAAUAGCAUAUUCAACCACUUUUAUGUCAGGCAGGACUUUUUUGACUAUGAUUUGAAUACCCAGAUUUUUAAAGCUUUUUACUCUUAAAAAAAAAAGGAUUUAGCUGGUGUAGUUGGUUGUAGUGGCUGACAUAAAACUCCUUUUUUUUAUUUAUUGCACUUUUGUGAUAAUCUUGCUACUGAGGAGUUCAAUGUGGUUCAGUGUGGUUUUUGGAGGGUUUCUGCAUGUAUGUUUAUUUUCAUAAAAUUAGUAUUUUAAACAGUAUACAGUAAGAUGAUACCUUAAAAAGAACAUCUCAAGCAGUGGACUGUUUCUGCUCUCACCACAAACGCAUUUCCUGAAGUGAAGUGGUGACACAGCAGCACAAGAGACGGUUUGUUUCAUUGGCAUCAGUACCAAAAGAAGAAACUCUUUUCUAUAAAACUCAAAAGGUGAGUGCAAUUACAACAUGCACCUAAUCAUUUUUUCACGUUAACAAAUGUUAACAGAUACAACUUUAAAUUGUAAUAAUGGAUUAUUAUUAAAUGUAUGUUUUGAACUUCAUAUUAACUAACAUUCAUAAAUGCUUUGUAAUUAUUUUUUAUGUUAAUAAUAUAGUUUAUGUUAACAAAUGAAAGCUUACUGCAAAGUGUUACCAAAUACUGUAAAUGUAAAACAUAGGAUUAAAAUAAAUUCCUUGUGUAUUAAAGGGAUUUGACUUCACUAUAUAUAUAUACAUCUAUAUAUUCACAUCUAUAAAUACAUUUAAAAUG